CUUCUCACAACAACUCCAUUCUAGCUUCUGCCGUUUUUUGUCGCACGGCCUUGAUCAAGGGGCGGACUUCAGUGACACGUAACUGGCCCGUCCGUGUAUGUGGCAGCGUUCCGUGCAGGGUCCGUGUCCUGGCCCGGCCUGCAGUAAUUAAGAAUUGAUCUGAGAAGUGUGAGCCUUUUCAGCAUAAUUAAAGUAGACGCAGUGGGCCACCACAGUUUCUCUGCCUCGCUUAUGAUACCUAGAGAAACAAGAGAAGAUCCUAGACCUCACCAACAAACUCACCAUUGACCUGCUGACUGGAGAGGUUCCUGUAAGGUGUCAGGAUGUCACUGUCUGUUUCUACUUGAAAAAGUGGGAGUAUUUAGAGGAUAAGGAUCUCUACCAGGACGUCAUGAUGGAGGACAACCAACCCAACACAUCACCGGGUGGGUCCAGUAACAGAACCACUCCAGAGAGGUCUCCCAGUCAUCUUUAUUCCCAGGAUUCUCCAGAGGAAAAUCACAGCGUCCCAGAGGAUCAUCAGGUAGAUGACGCUGAGGCUGAAGACCAGCUGAUCAUUAAAGCUGAAGAUCCAGAGGAUAAAGAAUUAUAUGUUAUGAGUGAUGGCCGGUAUAAAAAGGAAGGAGUUUCUGCAGACAUCAGCACAGAGAUUUCAGAACUGGGAAAGACCUAUGGGAAUUGCAGUGAAUCUUCAAAUGAGAAGUUGGAUUUUGCGGAGCAUAAAAAAAACCAAACCAAACAAAAGCCAUAUGUUUGUCUUGAAUGUGGGGACUGUUUUACAUUUAAGGGAAACCUUGAGAGACAUAAGAGGAUUCACAGAGGCGAUAGGCCAUUUCAGUGUCUGGAAUGUGAGAAGCGUUUUCUUCAUAGAUCAGAACUUGUUAACCAUCAGAAAAAUCACACUGGAGACAAGCCGUAUGCAUGUUUGGAAUGUGGAAAAUCUUUUAUUAGGAAACCCGUUCUCAUGAAACAUCAGAGAAUUCACACAUUAGGAAAGCCAUUUUCAUGUUCUGAAUGUGGGAAACGGUUUUCCCUGGAAACUCGGCUCUUUGAACAUCAAAAAAUUCAUAGAAAUGAGAGACCGUUUUCAUGUUCAUAUUGUGGGAAAAGUUUUACCCAGAAAGCAGGCCUUGCUGAACAUCAGAGGAUUCACACAGGAGAGAACCUUUUUUCGUGUUCAGAAUGUGGGAAAUCAUUUACCAAGAAUUCUGCUCUGAUUAUACAUCAGAGAUUUCAUACGGGAGAGAAGCCAUUUACGUGUUCCUUAUGUUCAAAAAGUUUUACUCAGAAGUCAGAUCUUAUUAAACAUCUUCGAAUCCACUCAGGAGAGAAGCCGUUCUCAUGUUCAGUGUGUGCAAAGCGUUUUACCCAGAAGCCAGAUCUUCUUGAACAUGAGAGAAUUCACACAGGGGAGAAGCCAUAUUCAUGCUUGGAAUGUGGAAGAUGUUUUACCCACAGAUCAAAUUUUGUGAAACAUCAGAUUAUUCACAAAUAGUGUUUUUAGUUGUGUGUGAAAACAAGAAAUGCUACAAAACACUUAAAGAUGGAGCCAAUUGGUCCUUAAACACAGAACUGAGUUGUGUUUUUGAAUAUCCCUCCUUGGCAUUAAGAUUCCUAGAUUCUUUGCCCGAUAUCAUGAGAAGGAUUUAAUCAGGAACGCAAAUUAUUGACCCCGGAACACUGCAGACUUUUCAAAUAAUAGUGAGAUAAGCAGACUCUUUUCUAUAGUACUUCACAACGGCACUAUGCUAAGAUAGCCCUGCUUCAACCAGGUAGAGCCAGGAAGAAUACAUUUGACCACCCUCUGGCUCUUCCUCAGGGUUUUCCUGUCCCCUUCAGGUGGGGAGAGGAUCACCAGCACCACAGCAUGUGUCUGAGUCCCGCUCCCUGUGAAGGCAGACAGUAGAGGUAUGUCAAGAAAUGCCUUCCACAAGUUGGAGAUGCAAGGCAGUGAAUGCAAUAUACGCUACAAAUAGAUCCUUUCUGGCCAGGCAGCAGGCCGCAUGUGACCGGACCCUCAUUGAGUCCAUAUGGUCUUCAUCUGCCCCUUUGCCAUCUGAUACAAUCAGCGCUCGUGGAUGAUGUCAGAGGGGGCUUCAUUGAGGCAUCUGUAUUGUACUUGUUUGGCCACUUCUGGUGUCGAACCACGCUCUAUAGAGUGGUGUGGGCGAAAUGACUGCCGCAGAACUUCAUGGCGGAUUUCACCGCUGAUCUGAGGUAGGAAAAACUAUUUAAAGGGGUUCUCUGGGAAUGGUUUAAGAUAGCUGCUAGCAACCUGUGCUAGAAUGUAAGCAAACCUGGUUGCUACCGGUAUCACUUGCAGAGAUGCCUCGGGGGGUGGGGGGCCCUCAAUCUGGGGCCUCUGGCACCUGCAUAUACUAAAUAUUAGUGAGUUUUCCUGUCAGCUGCUGAGCCAUAAUGGCAUUUUAAAAGCAGGGUCAUAUUAUUACCAGUAGAGCAAUGUAGUGAAGACCCGCUCAUCACUCCCCUAGACAGCCCAGCAAGUGGUCACAACCAGUCCUGGCAGCCAUUUUAAAUUAUUCCCAGGGAAUCCCUUUAAGAAAUCAUUUGAGACCUGGCUGUUCUCCUACAAUCAUGUCAGAAUUAGGAGACAGCAUGGAAACUUCUCAGUGCUCUACUGUUGUAACAGUAUAUGGUGGUGUUGUUUCUGUCCCAUAUUACGGAUUCCUUAUGUUGUUUUCCUUCCUUGUGUGCAUGGUGAUACCUCUCAUAAGAUUUGAUCUUAAAGGGGUUGUGCAGUCAGUAAUCUUGAUGACCUAUCCUCAGGACAGGUCACUAUUAUCUGAUCGGUGAAGGUCCGACUUUUGGCACCCCCGCCAAUCAGCUGUCUGAAGAGGAGGCAGAGCUCGUACGAGCGCUGCUUCCUAUUCAGGAGUACACUGCGCGUCGUCUUGCUUGCAGCUGUGGUGCAGUGUAAUUACAAGUGCUCGUUCCAUUCAAGUGAAUGGAACAAACGCUUUUAAUUACACCGCACCGCUGAGACUUCCAAGGCGACACUAAUUUUGACGAGGAAGCAGCGCUCAUACGAGCUUGGCCUCGUCCACAAACAGCUGAUUGACAGGUUGCCAGGAGUUGGACCCCAAGCGAUCAGAUAUUGAUGACCUAUCCUGUGGGUAAGUCAUCAGUAUUACUGGCUGCACAACCCCCUUAACUAUCUGGGUCUCAUUUGCAUAAACAUUGUCUCGGAACCUGUACGAACUACAACUUAUCGAAGGGAAAGCAAAGUGACUCAACUCUGAGAUUUUGUACCAGGAACUCUGAAUAUAAAAAGUGUUAAAGGGAAUCUGUCAGCAGUUUUAUGGUGUCCUAAGGGCAACAUAAACUAGUGACAGGUUUCACCUUCUUUAAUUGACUCUUGUAUAGAAAAGCUCCAGCACAUGCCAAUGAGUCCCUAUAUUUAUCAGCUCAUAUCUCUCCCCGCCCACCUUCUGCUGAUUCAUAUGGGGAAAUAAACUGUCGAUCAGAGGCAGGUGGGCGGGGAGAGCUGUGAGCUCAUGAAUAUCAAGACUCACUGGCAUGCGCUGGAGCUGUUAGAACCUAGCAGCAUAAAACUGCUGACAGAUUCCCUUUAAUAAAAGCUGUAUCUGCACCUAUGAAUUUGUUGGGUGAAAACAUUCAGGACAAAAGGACAGUCCAGAGCAAAUAAAGAGACAAGUCUUUCCAGGACAUAAAAACUUGACUCUUUGAUUUAAAAAGGAAUGGAAGGUUCUAGAUAGAAAACUCUUUGGGCAGUGUAAUAGCAGCCUUAGGGCUAGGGGCUUACCAGACUAUGUAAUGAUUCCUAGCAGGAAGGAGGUCACAGAUGUGGGAUAGAUUUUGUUUGUGGUGUGAUCGGUCUCGACAGGCUUUCAGUAAAUUUUCCAUUUGGUCGUUUCUUGGUUUUCUGCAAGUCUGCUUCUGCAAGGGACUUUGCUCUUUUGAGAGUUCAGGUUUCUGCUUUUAAGUUUGGUAUAUGAUGAGUAAAUAGCAGCCCGCCCUACGUUUAUUCGGUUUUUGACAGUUACAGACAGAUUGAGGUAUCCAUUUAAUCUGUUGUCCCUCCCUGGAACCUUAAUCUGGUUUUAUUGGGAUUAACCUGUAUUCCCUUUUUACAGAAUUUCUCACUCUUAAAACAGUGUUUUUAGUAGCUAUCUUGUCAAACAGAAGAACGAGUGAAAUUCAGGCCUUGAAGUUAGGGGAUCCAGUUUUCUGGGUCUUGGAAGAAAGGAUUGUGUUGAGGUCUGAUCAGGUUUUCUUGCCGAAACUGGUAUCAGAUUUUCACAGACAAGAUAUUUCUUCCCUCUUUUUGUGAGAAUCCUAAAACAGUGAAGUUUCUUUACAUAAAUCUGAUGUUGGACGGUGUGUCCUACAAUAUAUAGAAGCUACCAGAGAAUGGUAUUCAGUUCCACACAGCAGACAUUCACUGAUAGUGUCUGUGAUUGUGGAUCACUCAGUUUAUGGACAUGCUCAUUUUUACCUUACAGUGAAAGUAAAGUAAAACAAUGGUGCAAUUGUGUUUCUUCCAUUUCCAUCCAUUUUUGCAUUUUUUUCAGAAUACAUCGUAUGGAAUAUUAAAUGGUGCGAUUAGAACAUAUAACUUCUCACGUAAGUUAUGUGAACGGAGAAAUAAAGAUGAUGGCACUUGGAAGGUGAGGGGGAAAAAAAACAAAGAUGGGAAAAAGAAAAUUGGGUGCUUCGAGGAGGGGUUAAUCAAAGCCAGGAGUGGAUUCAAAGGGAAUGGGAAAUAUAAAGGAAGGACUACUGGAUCCACUUCUGGCUUUGGCUCAAAAGAUGACAUCUAAUAUACUGUUCCAGCCUUUUGUAGAACAUGAUCACUUGUAGUUUUCUUUGCAAUGUAUAUAUUUUUUUAUUAUGUCACUGUGUAUUCCAUUGAUAACUCCCUUCUCUUUCCUUGAAAACUGUCAGCAAGCUGUAGGCUGUAGUAUCAGAUCCAAGCUAUUUUUAAGGCCUCAUGCACACGGCCACUGCCCAGCUGUGGCCGUAUUGCUGCCCGCAAUCAGCGGGUCCACAGUAUGUGGGCACCGGCUGUGUGCUCUCCGCAUCACAGAUGCGCGGACCCAUUCACUUGAACAGAGGCACGGACUCAUGGAGGCACUUGAAUGGGUCACGAUCCGUCCCGGCUGCCGCUCGGACGUUGCGGUCCCCAAUGCGUGGAAUGGCCGCGUGCAUGAGGCCUAAUGCUGUAUCUCCUGAGGGGAUGAAAAGAAGGCCUGUGGAACAACUGGCUUCCCUUUUCAGCAUGGAGUUUGAUAAAAUGAAUAUAUCACUGUAGGACCACCAGAAAUAAAUGUGAACCAAGAAUGAUGAAUUUUAACAGGAUUAACCAACUCAGAAACGAUUGAGAAAUGUUUAUGGUUAACCAAAGAGGACCUUUUGUAAAGGAAAAAAACAAACGAUUUUGUGUGGCCUUCUUAUCCAUAUAGUGUUAUUAAGUUGGCCUCUAUUCACAUCUGCAUUGUGGCUUCUGUUGAUAACAAGCACAGUGGACAUCGGCAGUGCUUGACUGACCCUUGGCUUGUAAUAGAGUCCAUCAGGUCCAACCAAGGUGUCUUUGAUUUGGACAGAAAAAAUAGCGCUGCAUCCAAAUGUGACACAAUUUCAAAUGUGAUGGAAUCUGCAACAGAUACUUUGAAUUUUAAGUGGGACUUGACUGUAGCAGUUUAAUUCCUUUUUAAAGCAGAAUAUUUUAUUUGACAUAUUUUAUUUGGUAGAAGCUUUUGUGACAGGUGUUUUACUCUGCUUAAAGGGAAUCUGUCACCGGGAUUUUGGGUAUAGAGCUGAGAACAUGGGUUGCUAGAUGGCU